UGCUCACUCAACAAGCGUGCCCGGGACGAGGCGGUGGUCCCGGCGUCGUCCUCAGUCAUCACCGCCGAUGGGAACUAGCAUAAGGUUCUUUUGUGAGACAAGCCCUUAUCCCGUACUGCCUUAAACCUUUCCAUCUGGAGACCUCCAUCUGAGCCCGCGUCUCUCCUCCAGUAAACUGAGGAAGAGGAUGACACAUCCAGAGAUGAGACGUGUUGGUCCUGUCAACUUGGACAAGGACAUUUAUUGUUAUUGAACUCAUCCACACACAAUGUCCGCCAUGUUUGUUUCUUCAGUGGUCCUGUGGACGUUGGUAGUUGAAAUCUCAACCCAGGUUUUGACUACAGCUGACCCGCUCAUCCUCUCCCCUCGUCACUAUCAGUACAUAGACCCAGACUCGGGCGCCCAGCUGGUCUGCGACAAAUGCCCGGCAGGUACUUAUGUGUCUGUCCACUGUUCCCCAACGUCUAUUCGGGAGUGCAACCCGUGCCCAGCAGGCACGUUCACACGCGGUGAAAACGGUGUAGUCCAAUGCCAUCGUUGCCGGACUCCAUGUCCUGAAGGCCUCAUUGAGAAAGUACCCUGCACUGCCACCCAGGACCGUGUGUGUACAUGCCCCUCUGAUAGCUUCCUGUCGGGGGAAGGAAACACAGAGUGUAAACCCCACUCCAAGUGCCCCCCGGGUACGAGAGUGAAAAAGCGGGGUAGCGAAACAGAAGAUGUGCUUUGCAAACCGUGCACCAAAGGAACUUUCUCCCGUGGGGGGGGGGAAUCGAGCGCACUCAAAUGCCAAGCCCACGUGGACUGCAGAGCGCGGGGGCUCACGUUGCUCACAGCAGGGACAAGAGAAACUGAUAAUGUCUGUGGACCCCCGUUUACAUCUUCCCCCACCACGACUCCAUCUACAUCUUCAUUGCUGGCACCAGAACAUCACAAAGGUUCCAAGAGUCACUCGGCAGCCAUACAACUGAGAAAAAAACAAGAUGGGAAACCAGACGGUGUAAUUCACAUCCACACUAUUCCACCCACUCGGGAGCCGACGUCUCCCACGGCUCUCAAACAACACGUGGAUCAUACUCACCAAUGGGACCAAACAGAUCCUAACCUUUUGCAUGGACCUAAAAAGAGGACCGCAGAAGGAUUAGAAGGUUCAGACAUCAGGGUCGGUACGGGUAUCAGUAAGAUCGCUGUGGAGUUGAACGGAGGCGGCGGAGGUUGGGUGUCCAACUACAACAGAAACAUUCGAAGAGGAUCCCCACGGCCGAGCACACACGAUACCUUCGACAUCAACGAGCACCUACCCUGGAUGAUCGUUCUGCUGCUUCUGCUCGUCCUGGUGGUGAUUGUGAUGUGCAGCGUGAAGCAGAGUUCCCGUGUGCUCAAGAAAGGCCCGAUGCAGGACCCGAGUAGCAUCAUGGAGAAAGCGCUUCACAAGAAACCAUCUGUGCCUCCGGUUCCGGUCAAAGAGAAGUGGCUGUACUACUCCAAUGGACAAGGGGUGGACAUCCUAAAACUAGUCGCCGCACACAUUGGUCCCUUGUGGAUCGAUAUCUACCAGUCACUAGCCAACGCCACUGAACGUGAAGUGGCUGCCUUCUCCAAUGGCUACUCGUCGGAUCACGAGCGAGCGUAUGCCGCGCUGCAGCACUGGACCAUUCGAGACGGCGACGCCAAUCUGGCAAAACUGAUCAAUGCCUUGCAUCGGCAGCGCCGCAUCGACGUGGUGGAGAAGAUCCGGCUGGUCAUGGAGGACAACCCACAGUUUGACAUCAACCAGCUGAUGACAUCAGUCAACGCAAGCCAAAGCCUAAGUCCCAUCCACAAGCCUCCGGAGUCUCCCGGCAGCGUGGGAGGUACGGUGGAGCAGUCGCCCGUGGACCGCACCAAAAGCUUCUUCCACGACGAAUCAGAACCACUACUCCGUUGCGACUCCACCUCCAGCAAGGACUCUGCCCUCAGCAGGAACGGCUCGUUCAUCACCAAAGAGAAGAAAGACACGGUGCUUCGUCAAGUCCGCCUCGACCCAUGUGACCUCCAGCCCAUUUUUGACGACAUGCUGCACAUUCUCACCCCGGAAGAGCUCCACAUCAUAGAGGAGAUCCCCAACGCCGAGGACAAGCUGGACCAGCUUUUUGAAAUCGCGGGGGUCAAAAGUCAGGAGGCCAGUCAGACGCUGCUGGACUCGGUCUACAGCCACCUUCCAGACCUUUUGUAGAGCAAGAUGAAAAGGAGAAGAUAGAAGCAGCACAAAGUCAUGAAGUAACGUCAGAGGUAUGAUUGACAGGAUGGCACAUCUUUACUUCCUGCAAUCAUCUUUACUACUUUCACUUUUACUCUCCUCUUAUUUUGGUGACCAUCAUCCGACAUCUUUACUUCCUGCAAUCAUCUUUACUCAUUUCACUUUUACUCUCCUCUUAUUUUGGUGACCGCCAUCGAACAUCUUUACUUCCUGCAAUCAUCUUUACUACUUUCACCUUUACUCUCCUCUUAUUUUGGUGACCAUCAUCCAACAUCUUUACUUCCUGCAAUCAUCUUUACUACUUUCACCUUUACUCUCCUCUUAUUUUGGUGACCAUCAUCCGACAUCAUUACUUCCUGCAAUCAUCUUUACUACUUUCACCUUUACUCUCAUCUUAUUUUGGUGAUCAUCAUCCAACAUGUUUACUUCCUGCAAUCAUCUUUACCACUUUCAACUUUCCUCUCCUCUUAUUUUGGUGACCAUCAUCUAACAUUUUUACUUCCUGCAAUCGUCUUUACAAUUUUCACCUUUAUUUUGGUGACCAUCAUCUAACAUCUUCACUUCCUGCAAUCAUCUUUACUACUUUCAUCUUUACUCUCCUCUUAUUUUGGUGACCAUCAUCCGACAUCAUUACUUCCUGCAAUCAUCUUUACUACUUUUCACCUUUACUCUCCUCUUAUUUUGGUGACCAUCAUCUAACAUCUUUACUUCCUGCAAUCGUCUUUACUACUUUCAUCUUUACUCUCCUCUUAUUUUGGUGACCAUUAUUAUUAUUAUUAUUAUUAUUCAUCCAACAUCAUACUAAUGUAUUGGCUACAUCAGUUAUUGUUGGACUACACUGUGGAACCCGCUUAUGUCGACAACCCGUCUGUGUAACUCAUCAAGUCCUGGUUCAACGUCUUCCUCUUAGUACUAAAAAGUGCCCUCUUAAGUUGACGUCAACAUGCUUGGUUGAUUGAUUUUGUUGACAUUUAUAUGAACAAUGGAUCAGUUUAUGUUGACGACUUGCUUUUAGUCGACCAACUCAUCAAGUCCUGGGCCGCUGUCUUUUUUAUAGUAAUAACUGACCACUUAAGUUGACACCGACAUUGACGGUCGAUCGAGUUUGUCGACUUUUCGAUGAAAAGUAGGUCAGUUUAUGUUGACAACCCGUCUAUGUCCAACAACUCAAGUUGUGUCACACCAUGGUCUUACGAAAAAGUGGCUGCUUAAGUUGACGUUGACGUACACGCUCAAUUGAUUGCGUCUACAUUUUGUUCAAAUAUGGGUCAGUUUAUGUCGACAAGCUGUCUAUGUUGACCAACCCGUCAAGUCUUGGUCCACUGUCUUCUUCCUCAUAGUAAUAACUGACCGCUUAAGUUGACACCGACAUAGACGGUUGAUCGAGUUUGUCGACAUUUCUAUAAAAAGUAGGUCAGUUUAUGUUGACAACCCGUUUAUGUCCAACAAUGCGAGUUCUGUCACACUAUGUUCCUAAAAAAGUGACCGCUUAAUUCGACGUCGACAUGCACACUCGAUAUAUGUUGUCCACAUUUCUAUGAACUAUGACUCAGUUUAUGUCGACAACCUGUUUAUGUCAACCAACCUAUCAGGUCCUGGUUUGAUUGUGUUCAUAUUACUAAAAAGUAACCGCUUAAGUUGAUGUCAACAUGCUUGGUUGAUUGAUUUUGUCAACGUUUCUAUGAGGGAUUGAUCCAUAUUUGUCAACAAUCAACAACUGUCGACAACUUCAGUCGACAUCGACAUACAGCGCCUUUGAGACCAUACCGGAUAAUUUCCAAAAAAAUAGGUCAGUUUAUGUCGACAACCCAUCAAGUCCUGGUGCACCGUGUUCUUUUUAUGACCAAAAAUUGAUUACUUACGUUUGACAUACACAGCCGAUUAUUUCGUUGACGUCUCUAUGAAAAAUGGGACCGUUCAUGUCGACAACCCGUUUAUGUUGACCAGCCCUGGUCCACUGUGUUAUUGUAAACACUUAAAAGCGUCUGUUGUUCUUAAAGUCAUUAGUAAAUAUGCAAACAAUAGCUGGUUUUAGUGUUUUGUUAUGUCGACAAUUGCUUACUUCGAGGACAUUCGGGGUGUCGACAUAAGCAGGUUCCACUGCACGUUGUUGCUACACACACAACAGCGAAGUAAAAAGCACUUUUAUCGUAAACAGACGACACCUUUCACGGAUGAUACUGCACUUUUUAGCUUCAAAUUGAACAUUUCUGGAUCUAUUUUUCCCAGUUGUAGUUUGACCAACUCAACUUAUGUGCCUGAACGCAUCCAUGUACUCAUCGUUUCCACUCUCUGCUAGCUGGCUGGAUGGAUGUAGCAUUGCGAUACAUGGAUACAUGCAUUAUGAUAUCAUGCACUAUGUGGCUUUGGCUGUUUGUAUAGGACCGGUAUAUACAAUAUGUUAAAAACAUCUCCAGUCUGCUUGUGUGGAAUGAAAGCCAUGUAUUCACCGUACACACUACACAUGUAGCGUGCUAUAAUGCAAUAUUGACUUCAUUUCCUGGUUUUGUGCAUGUCCGAAGCACAUAUAUUCACAUUUAAUGUGUUUACAAACAAUAUAUACAAUUUCAACAUGAGUCAAACUCCUUGGAUUGUGACAGGGAUAAUGAAAUCAGAGAACGUGAGUAAGUUAACUUCCUGUUUUCUACUUUUUUUUAAUUCCUUCAGUUUGUGUAGCAUAUUGUUUUGUAUUAUGUUUUUUUUCUGAAUGGGCAUUGUUGUGUAAUUUCACCCCUGCUUGGCAUGAAUUGCAUACAUGCUCGUUGGGAUGUCAGAUACAGUACAUCUCUGCUAUUCAAAUGCAGACAAACAGUAAAAAAAGGCAUAAAAAUGCCAGUUUUAUAAUACACCUCUCACGGCUAUUAAACACAUUUAGAGUCAGUCUUACAUAUUUAAUACACUAAUAUAGGCACACUGUGUACAGUAUUAUACUGUAUUGUAGGAAAAUGUUGAGUUAAUUGACUUGUGAAACAGCAUCCUCUGCUGGAUUUAUAGCUACAGCACAACAAAAAGAGGAUAUCCUGACUCCUUUUUUUUUAAUGACGGUAAAGCAAUGUCUGAAAGAAUGAAGGUGAUGUGUUAAACAUGUGGAAGGGUUUAUUGAUUCACAAGCAUAACCACUAUGUAACCUUCAAAAUAAACCAAUUAAAGCUCAAUAUUUGUUAAAAUGUGUGUGUUAUGGUUACUCGUGUUGCUGUCCUGGAGAAAUUUUUAUUUAAUUUUUUUUUUAAUUUUUAUUUUAUUUUAUUGACAAUCACAAUAUGACGUCACCAAAAAUGGGCGCGUGUCAGGUAAGCUAGCUCAUUCAAAUGCUCAUAAUUAAGCUGUUAAAAAUGUAAUAGAGUGCCACAUACGGUAUUAAUUCACAAGCAUAACCACUAUGUUUACUAUGUAGCCUUCAAAAUAAACCAAUUAUAGCUCAAUAUUUGUCAAAAUGUGUGUGUUAUGGUUACUCGUGCUGGUGUCCUUGAGGAAAUGUUUUUUUUUCAUUUUAUUGACAAUCCCAAUAUGGCGUCACCAAAGUGGGAGUGUGUCAGGUAAGCUAGCCCAUUCAAAUGCUCAUUAUUAAGCCGUUAAAAAUGUAAUAGGGUGCCACAUACUGUAUUAAUUCACAAGCAUAACCACUAUGUUUACUAUGUAACCUUCAAAA